AUGACUACGAGUGCGAUUAAAUUAUUAUCCGGAGUAAGUUCCUCAUUCGGAUCUCCGGGAGGAACGGUUGCAUAUAGAAGUACUGAUGUUUGUUGUAGGAUUAAGAAGCAGGAGAAAGUAAGAAUUGGAUCAUGGAAUGUAAGAACAAUAUACCAGGCAGGAAAAAUACGCAAUGUCAUUAAAGAAAUGGAUAGGAUGAACAUUUCAAUCCUCGGUAUCAGCGAAAUGAGAUGGCCAGAUUCAGGCAACAUAAAUAUAGAAAACCACAAAGUACUUUACUCAGGUUCAACAACUAGAACACAUGAAUAUGGAGUAGGUAUCAUCCUGGCAGAUAAAAUAGCUAAAUCAAUAAAGAACUUCAUACCCAUCUCUUCAAGAGUUAUACUCGUACAGCUAUUAGCUACUCCAGUAGAUGUUAACAUCAUUCAGGUGUACGCUCCAACGGCAGACAAGGAGAAGAAUGAGAUAGAAGAAUUCUAUCAAAGCAUUAAUGAAGUUUUGAAUAAAUUGAAAAAACAAGACUUAACAAUCGUUAUAGGGAAUUUUAAUGCAAAAUUGGGAGCAGGAAAGAGAUUGGUGAGCGUUGGACCAUUUGGCCUAACGGGUCCAGACAUAUUAUUAGAUGAGGUGAAAUCAGCUAUUAAACAACUUAAAGAAGGCAAAGCAUCUGAUCAGUCCUGA